AUGGCGAUGAUGAUGACUGGCCGUGUGCUGCUGGUGUGUGCCCUCUGCGUGCUGUGGUGCGGUGCUGCGGUGGUGGUGUCAGCGGCCGACGGUGCUGAAGAAGAUGGCAGUGCGGGUGAGUAUUUGAUAUCUCGGUGGCGUGCUUAUCUGCGGAGGGAAUGCGUGGAGAAGGUCAGCAGGAGGACGGGAGGCCGUGCGAAUGCGUCCGCCGUUGAGGAAUGCGUGUGUCAGGGGAUGGACGGUGCGCGUGCCGUUGCGGAUGGCCGUCGUCGUUGGGGGCGUCACCGGUAUGCCGUUGCUGCUGCUGAUGGCCCUUUUGAGAAUGACAGUACCCCCGAAUCUUCUCUACAAGGCCAGACAGGGUCUGGCGCUGGUUUGACGGGUGGACGACGAUUGGAACCAUCCUUGAAUCCUGAUACAGGAAUAUCCGAUAAAGCAACUGCAGAAGAAGAGACGUUAACGAGACAUCCAGAGGCUCCUGAGUUGGUGAAAAACAGAACCGAAGAAAUAUUAAAAGAACAAGAAAAAGAAAAGGAGAAGAAAAAAUCAGCGGAAGAAGAAAAUGAAGAUGAGGGUAACGAUAACGGCGAGGAUGAUAAUGCAAGUACCGAGAGUUCAGGGGAUGAUCACGAUGAAGAAGAGGAAGAAGAAGAAGAUGUGGAAGCAGGAACCAAUAAAAAAGAAGGGCGGGAUGGAGGUGAUGUUGAUGGCGAUAAUUCCCUUGACGAUCAUGCAAUUGUUCAGCUUGCUGCACCCGUUUACGUUGAGCGCCAGGAGAGAAGUCUCACGUUGAAUAAUGGCGGGGCUAAGGGAAAAGGAGGUGCUGGUGAAACGAGAGUUCCAGAAGGAGCAGGAUUACAAGGUGCAGAGAAGGAAUCAGCGAAAUUACCUCACGAAACAGGUGCAGACUUAAUGGAAACUGAAGGUCUUAAAGAAGGAGCAGACCAAUCUGGUGCAGGAAACCAACAAGCAAUAGACGAAUCAAAAUCAAACGAAGCAGCACCACCAGCAACACAGGAAGAAAUGAAAAAAGAGCCACCAAAAGAAGCCAAAAAAGCAACCGCAAAUGAAAAUGUUAUCAAAAAAGAAACAACGGAGAAAGGAAAAAAUGGGGCUGAAAGAGGAAAGGGGGAAUCCUCCGAUAGGGCAGGAAAGGAAAAAAAAGAAAACGAAGAAAGGAAAGUGGAGGAGGCAAACAACGAACCACAGGACGGCUCCGAAACUGCUAAUACUGAUGUUGCUCUUACAGUCGGUGAGGCAGCGCCACAAACAGCAAAACCGGUCACAGUCGCUCAGGCAAAUGAUACGGUGACGCCUGGCGACAGUGACAGCAGCACCGCGGUUUCCCACACCACCUCCCUUCCUUUGCUUCUUCUUGUUGCGUGUGUGGCUGCUGCUGCGGUGGUGGCCGCGUGA